AUGGGAGAUGACGUUGCUCCCAGAUCGGUAGCAAAGGGGAAAGGCAAGGAUGUCGAAUCUAUCACCCAGGAAAGUCCCCCGGAAGGUAGCACUGCGCAGAGCAGCACUACCAGGACAUCCCUCGCCGCCAAUAUAGCACAAUCGGCUGCGGCACUGCCUUCGUUCCUGCUGUCAGGGCCGCCCGCCGGCGGACUUGGUGACAAUGAGAAAGCCGAGUCUUCACGCACUGGUGAGCUUCUCGCCAGAGCGGGUGAGAGUUCGGUCCAGCUGCGAUCCAACACGCUAGGAGGCGAAGCCAUAAAACCGGCACAUACCGAGGAGCAUGUCGCCAGAGAGGAAGCAUCGUUUGCCGCGUUUCUGGACAGCGAAGUCCCAGCCAUGUCGUCGGGUUCAGGUGAGCUGGAAAGGGCUUGGCAAUCGGCGAGCGCUGUCACUAGCAUCCCGAACCCAACACCCGCAGCCGAGACGCUUUCGCAUUCGGUUGCGGAGCAGCAGGCCAAGGACGGCGCUGACGUCGUUGCCUUGCUAUCUGGUGGCGGCGACUUCGACUACGUCCCGGAUGCCGAUGAGCACAUAUCACGGGACGACCUUGCGAGUUUGCGCAAGGCUCUAUUCCCCGAAGAGUCAGCGCCCGGCGCCACACCUUCCACGUGGGACAAUGUGCUCAAUUUCAUACCAGAGUAUUUCCGUGGGCAUACGGCAGCGGAGGAUGAUCUUUCUACGCAUUUGGGCACUACUGAUGCCGACGAGGCCUGGCAGCAGUGGAUCGAACAGUGGUCUCGUGUGCUGACGAGCUAUCAGGACGAGGUUUGGGGUGACCUCGGCGCGCUGGUAGAGGAGGCACGCGCUGAGGUUCGACAGCUGGAAGAGGUCAAGCCAGGCGAGAAACCGCCUGAGCCGACAGCGUUGCUGCGGCUGCGAGCCAUCGUCGGCCACCUCCGGGGCGCGCAUUAG